GGGGCCGGGCUCGCGGAGGCCCGUCGGUUCGGCCCGCUCUGGGCGUUAGCAAGUGAUCUCCAGCCAAGGCGGCCGCCACCCCUUGCACCCAGCAGAAAAUGCAAAAUGGCCCUCUGGGGCAGUGAGGGGCUGUGGCCCUCGGCCCCGGCCUGCCGCACCCCCUUCCCGCAGCUGGCGGCCGGCAGCGCCGAACAGGGUCCGGGUGCAGCCCCCUCCCGCCCCUCCGCAGGGGCGCCGGCCUGAACUGGCCGCGGGAACCAGGCCGCCCUCGGCGCCCAGCCCGCCCUAGUCCCGCGCACCGCCCCCGCUGUGCCGCGCCCACAUGGGUCUGUGCUACAGUCUGCGGCCGCUGCUUUUCGGGGGCCCAGGGGACGACCCCUGCGCGGCCUCGGAGCCGCCGGUGGAGGACGCGCAGCCCGCCCCGGCCCCGGCCCUGGCCCCAGUCCGGGCGGCCGCAAGGGACACAGCCCGGACCCCGCUCCCUCGGGGCGGCGAAGGGAGCCCGGCAUGCCCUCGGCCCAAAGCAGACAAGCCGAAGGAGAAGCGGCAGCGCACCGAGCAGCUGAGCGCCGAGGAGCGCGAGGCGGCCAAGGAGGCGAGGAAAGUGAGCCGGGGCAUCGACCGCAUGCUGCGCGAGCAGAAGCGCGACCUGCAGCAGACGCACCGGCUCCUGCUGCUCGGGGCUGGUGAGUCUGGGAAAAGCACUAUCGUCAAACAGAUGAGGAUCCUGCACGUCAAUGGGUUUAAUCCCGAGGAAAAGAAACAGAAAAUUCUGGACAUCCGGAAAAAUGUUAAAGAUGCUAUCGUGACAAUUGUUUCAGCAAUGAGUACUAUAAUACCUCCAGUUCCACUGGCCAACCCUGAAAACCAAUUUCGAUCAGACUACAUCAAGAGCAUAGCCCCUAUCACUGACUUUGAAUAUUCCCAGGAAUUCUUUGACCAUGUGAAAAAACUUUGGGACGAUGAAGGCGUGAAGGCAUGCUUUGAGAGAUCCAACGAAUACCAGCUGAUUGACUGUGCACAAUACUUCCUGGAAAGAAUCGACAGCGUCAGCUUGGUUGACUACACACCCACAGACCAGGACCUCCUCAGAUGCAGAGUUCUGACAUCUGGGAUUUUUGAGACACGAUUCCAAGUGGACAAAGUAAACUUCCACAUGUUUGAUGUUGGUGGCCAGAGGGAUGAGAGGAGAAAAUGGAUCCAGUGCUUUAACGAUGUCACAGCUAUCAUUUACGUCGCAGCCUGCAGUAGCUACAACAUGGUGAUUCGAGAAGAUAACAACACCAACAGGCUGAGAGAGUCCCUCGAUCUUUUUGAAAGCAUCUGGAACAACAGGUGGUUACGGACCAUUUCUAUCAUCUUGUUCUUGAACAAACAAGAUAUGCUGGCAGAAAAAGUCUUGGCAGGGAAAUCAAAAAUUGAAGACUAUUUCCCAGAAUAUGCAAAUUAUACUGUUCCUGAAGACGCAACACCAGAUGCAGGAGAAGAUCCCAAAGUUACAAGAGCCAAGUUCUUUAUCCGGGACCUGUUUUUGAGGAUCAGCACGGCCACCGGUGACGGCAAACAUUACUGCUACCCGCACUUCACCUGCGCCGUGGACACGGAGAACAUCCGCAGGGUGUUCAACGACUGCCGCGACAUCAUCCAGCGGAUGCACCUCAAGCAGUAUGAGCUCUUGUGAGGAUGCUGCCGCCACCCUGCGGUGGAGCGGCGCCCCGGACUGCCUGACUGCCAGCCCCAUGCCAUGGUAGGAGGCAGAGUCUCUAGUUCCAUCUCGCUGCCGUCUGUCCCGUUCUGUGUCGACCACCAAGCCUCUGGCUACCUCUGUCCCCUCAGGUUUGGUUGUGUAGCUUCUGUUGUCAUUGAAUACAGCCUCCCGCAGCAUCCCACCCCCAAACCACCGACUCUCAUUGCUGACACUGCAGCAGAAUCUCUCCGGGUGGGAGCCCCAUUAUUCAUUCUCCCUUUAUUGAGUCAUCGAGGAGAACUUGGUAGAUGGGGAGAAAACACAGUUUGCUUUUUCUUCCAUGUUAUCAACCGUGACUGCAAGAGCGUUCGUGCAGUGCCCUGAGCCGCGGCCCUCUCUGAUUCUCCCUUUAUGAAGCUGCAGGCUGACGAGCGAUGGUCCCUUCCCAUUGGCCUUAGCCCAAGACUUAGAGUCGACCCCAAGCGACAGAGUGACCAGAAACCCUUUUACAGUCACAUUCAGAGUCGCUGCUGGCCUCAGGCAUUUGAAUUAGAGCUACUUUGAGCCUCUUACAUUUAGGCAGAAAACCUACCACAUUCACUACUGCAAAAAUGUGUCCUGUCUAAAAAUGAUUCUCUAAACUUUCCCUAUACUUAGGCAUAGUCUUCUUUCUUAGAUUCUCUUUGUUGUUGUCCCUAUUGCUGGUUUAUUACACUGUACAGACCACAAAAUGUAAUAUUCUUUUGUAUAACUACUAAAGAAAAAUCCUUGUAGAUCUUUGUGCCUUCACCAUGGCUAUCUAUACCUGUACAUGAAAUGUGUAUUGUGCUGAAGAGCUUAAUGUCAACAUUACCUGCUGCUUACUCUGAAAAAAGGAAUGAAUGGUAGCUGUAGAAUUUAGGAUAUUUUAUCAGGUUGGCACUUUAUAAAAUACUCCCUGAUUUUAAAAAUUGUAAGUUAUACACGUUAAUCAUCCACAUUCUACCGACAAUGUCAUACCAACAUCACAAGCUGUUGCAACCACCUGCUCUUACUUCUCUGAGCUGUAAAAACCUGAACUCAAUUCAGGGGUACAAAUUGCAAUCUAAUCUUUUCAGGGAACCAGGGAUUUUUUUCUCUCUCUCUAGACAAUAUGUUUCCUAAUUAGUCUGCUAAUGAAACACUUCUUCAAGUUCCCUAAGUGGGAACAGGUCCAUCAUUCCCUUAGUCAAAACUUUGGACACAGGCUACAUCAUACAAGUAAGCAAACAGUAAGAGAAAAACAAAAUGUGGCCAGGCGUGGUGGCUCACGCCUGUAAUCCCAGCACUUUGGGAGGCCGAGGCAGGCGGAUCACGAGGUCAGGAGAUCAAGAUCAUCCUGGCUAACAUGGUGAAACCCUGUCUCUACUAAAAAUACAAAAAUUAGCCAGGCGUGGUGGCGGGCGCCUGUAAUCUCAGCUACUCGAGAGGCUGAGGCAGGAGAAUCGCUUGAACCUGGGAGGUGGAGAUUGCAGUGAGCCGAGGUCACGCCACUGCACUCCAGCCUGGGCAUCAAAGUGAGACUCAGGCCAAAAAAAACAAAACAAAACAAAAAACCUUGAUGUGUCAAUGUUUGUGUCUGGCCUAGGAGAAUAAGGAUGACAGCUUCACUUGCCUUUUGAAGAAGAAACAUUACAAAACCUUAAUCUGAAGUAUAAAGUCAAAAGAUAUGGCUCUUUCUCACACUCGCAAGAUUUACAAAUACAGCCUCAAACAUUAUGACACACCAACAAUAUCUAGAAAGUAAGAGCUGUUGUAGCAAUGACGCUUCAUAUUCUAUCUGUAGCCACAGAGUUGAGGGUAGUUUUUGUAGGUCUAAAAUAAUCUGUAAAGAUGUCCAAAGUUAAAUUUUCAACAAUACAAAUCUAGAGAAGUGACAGCCUACAUUACUUCAUUACUCUUCUUUUAGUCUUUAGUCUUUAAUAUUUUAAAGUUUACUCUAUAAAUCAGCAUUUUGUAAUCCUUUAUAAACUCAUCCAGAUUUAAAUGCUACUUUUUCAUGAAGAAAGGAUGACAACUUUAGAGACAGUCAGUGCAACACACACAUAUUUUAUCUCAUCACCGUCUUCCUGCCCCUCCCAUCCAUUGUCUCAUAAAACCCCCAGCUGAACUAAGAAAAAUACAAUGGAAAUUAUUUUCAGUUCCCCUUGCACUGUCAAAGUAAAACAAGAAAACUGAAAAGCUACACCCCUAGCAAGAAAGGGAAAUAUGUUGUUGUAUGCAUCAUCACUCAACAAUUACCCUCUAACUAAACAUCCUGUUUAAGAGUUUAAUUCAAACAAACAACAGCCAGACUGUUAAGAAAAAAAAACAAAAAGAAUAACUUUUAUCUGGCUUACAAUUAUUAAAGCAUUUAUUUUCAGGUACCAAAAGCCAUAUCCCAUUCCACUUUUUAAGUUUCUUUUGAUCACUGACAGGCAUUAACAGAUGUAACAACUUGGUCUCCUAUAGAGAAAAUUACACUUAUCUAAAAAUCUGAUUCCAUUAAUUGAUCAAGUAUAAAAAUCUACGAAAACAAUAUGUUCUGCACAUCACAUCUGUACUUUUUUUUUUUUAAUAUAUUUUUUGAGAUGGCGUCUCA